UGCCAAGCGAGCAACGCGUUUAGUGGCAGCUUAGCCGAGGCAGGGCCGCGCUGCUGAGGCCAGCACAGAGAAACCCAAGAUGGCCCCUGCUGCAAAGGCAGCCGCGGGAGCAGCAGCGGGCCAGAGGGGGGAAGAAGCAGAGGCCGCGGCCGGACGCCUCUUGCUGCUGCUGCCGCUGCUCUGGCUGGAAGAGAAGACGGUGGGCGCCACGGCCGCGUCUGUCGCCCGCAGCUGAGAGCAGCUGCCGCCGUGAGGUUAUAUUUCACACUAUGUGCUGACUGUCUGUACUUACAGAAGAUAUUUAAAAACAGUUUUUUUUUCAACAAAAAAUUGAUUCCAGUGGAAUCUGCGCUUUAGAUUUUGUCUUGUGAAUUAACGCCUGAAGCAAUGCCUGUACAAGCUCCACAAUGGACGGAUUUUCUCUCCUGCCCUAUUUGCACACAAACCUUCGACGAAACAAUCCGGAAGCCCAUCAGCCUGGGCUGUGGCCACACUGUCUGCAAGAUGUGCCUGAACAAGCUGCACCGGAAGGCAUGCCCCUUUGACCAGACCACUAUCAACACCGACAUUGAGCUUCUUCCCGUGAACUCCGCUUUGCUGCAGCUCGUAGGGGCUCAGGUGCCAGAACAGCAGCCAGUACCUCUCUGCAGCGGGGCUGAGAAUACCAAGCAUUAUGAGGAGGCCAAGAAAUGUGUGGAAGAACUAGCCUUGUACCUUAAACCACUCAGCAGUGCUAGAGGUGUUGGGUUGAACAGCACCACCCAGAGUGUUCUCAGUCGCCCCAUGCAGCGGAAGCUGGUGACCUUAGUCCACUGCCAGCUAGUGGAGGAAGAAGGGCGGAUCAGGGCUAUGCGUGCCGCGCGGUCACUUGGAGAAAGAACAGUCACAGAGCUCAUCCUUCAGCACCAGAACCCCCAGCAACUCUCUUCCAACCUUUGGGCUGCAGUAAGGGCCAGAGGCUGUCAGUUCCUUGGACCAGCAAUGCAAGAAGAAGCUCUAAAGUUGGUUCUGUUGGCUUUGGAAGAUGGGUCUGCUUUGUCACGGAAGGUCUUGGUUCUCUUUGUGGUACAGAGGUUGGAGCCUCGAUUUCCUCAGGCUUCGAAAACCAGCAUUGGGCAUGUUGUCCAGCUUCUUUACAGAGCCUCAUGUUUCAAGGUAACUAAACGCGAUGAAGACUCCUCCCUGAUGCAGCUGAAGGAGGAGUUCCGGACUUAUGAAGCCCUGAGACGGGAGCACGAUUCCCAGAUUGUGCAAAUUGCAAUGGAGGCUGGUUUACGCAUUGCCCCAGAUCAGUGGUCCUCAUUACUGUACGGUGACCAGUCCCACAAAUCCCACAUGCAGUCCAUCAUUGACAAGUUGCAGACCCCGGCCUCCUUUGCACAGAGUGUUCAGGAGUUAACUAUUGCUCUUCAGCGGACUGGUGACCCAGCCAAUCUGAAUCGGCUGCGACCUCAUCUUGAACUCCUAGCAAAUAUUGAUCCCAGUCCAGAUGCCCCACCACCCACAUGGGAGCAGCUUGAGAAUGGGCUGGUUGCUGUGCGGACUGUGGUACAUGGCCUGGUUGAUUACAUCCAAAACCACAGCAAGAAAGGGGCAGAUCAACAGCAGCCUCCACAGCAUAGCAAGUACAAGACGUACAUGUGCCGAGACAUGAAGCAAAGAGGAGGCUGCCCCCGUGGGGCCAGUUGCACCUUUGCACACUCGCAGGAAGAAUUAGAAAAAUUUCGUAAGAUGAACAAACGUCUGGUUCCUCGAAGACCCCUGAGUGCCUCCUUAGGUCAACUGAAUGAAGUGGGCUUAUCUUCAGCUAUCCUCUCAGAGGAGGGGGCAGUGGAUCUGCCUAGCAGAAAACCCUCUGCCUUGCCAAACGGGAUGGUUUCAGCUGGCAGUACAGUGACGCAGCUUAUUUCUCGUGGAACCGACUCCAGCUACGAUUCAGCCCUGAAGCCUGGGAAGAUGGACCACCUCAGCAGCAGCGCCCCUGGGUCCCCUCCUGACUUGUUGGAGUCUGUUCCCAAAAGCUCUCUAUCUGCCUUACCAGUGAACUCACAUCCUGUGCCCCCCCGGGGACCGGCAGACCUGGCUCCCAUAUCUGUCGGCAAGCAGCUCCAAAUGGUACCUCGAGGCUCCCAGCUAUAUCCUGCUCAGCAAGCUGAUGUGUUUUACCCAGAUCCUCGGGGAGCAGCUCCUCCAUUUGAACCCCCUCCCUAUCAACCAGGUGUGUAUUAUCCUACUGCUCAGUCUUCACAGUGCAUGUCUCGAUUUGUCCGACCACCACCAUCGGUUCCUGAGCCGGGUCCUCCUUAUUUAGAACAUUACCCACCAUACCUCCAAGACCGCGUGGUGAAUUCUCAGUAUGGCACGCAACCACAGCAAUACCCUCCGAUGGGACAGCCCAUGUACCCUCCCCACUAUGACAGCCGCCGUGUGUAUCCCUCUGCCCAGCCAUACCCCCGGGAGGAUAUUGUCAGAGGAAGCCCUGUGCCCAUUGAAAUUCCUCCACCCGCCGUAUCACCAUAUGUACCUGAAACAAGAGACAGAUAUCCACAAGUAGAAGGCUAUUAUCCAGUCACUCCGCAUCUCAGCCAGAUCCGACCUUCAUAUCCCAGAGAGCCUUACGGCCGGCCUCCACCUCAGCCACAUCCCAGUCUAGAUGAGCUGCACCGUCGUCGGAAGGAGAUCAUGGCUCAGCUAGAGGAAAGGAAAGUGAUCUCCCCUCCUCCUUUUGCACCGUCGCCAACUCUGCCUCCCUCUUUCCACACUGACGAGUACAUGGAUGAAGAUCUGAAGGUAGCUGGCAAAUACAAAGGAAAUGAUUACAGCCAGUAUUCUCCUUGGUCAUGUGACACUAUCGGCUCCUACAUUGGAACCAAAGAUGUAAAACCCAAAGACAUUGUGGCAGCAGGGACAGUGGAGAUGGUGAAUGUGGAUAGCAAAGGGAUGCGAGACCAGCGGUUGGAUUUGCAGAGGAGAGCAGCGGAGACUGGUGACGACGAUCUCAUUCCAUUUGGAGACCGGCCCACCGUCUCCAGGUUUGGUGCCAUCUCACGUACAUCCAAAGCGAUGUACCAGAAUCCUGGACCCAUGCAAGCCAUGGCAGUUCAAGGAGCUUCCACAAAACCAGUCAACAUUUCAGAUUACAGCCCUUAUGGAACACACAGUGCAUGGGGAGGCUCACCAUACGCACCCCACCCGAACCUACCUUCUCAGGGACGCCUUAAUGAAAGGGAAAGAAUGUCCAUAACAGAUGCAGCUGGCCACGGGAAGCCUUUGCCCUUGGCUGAGAGGGAACAGCAGCUUCGGCUGGAACUGCAGCAACUAAACCAUCAGAUCAGCCAACAGACUCAACUCCGAGGUCUAGAGGCUGUUAGUAACAGGCUGCUGUUGCAGAGGGAGGCGACCACCUUGGCAGGCCAACCACAGCCCCCACCGCCACCUCCUAAGUGGCCUGGAAUGAUCUCAAGUGAACAGCUGAGCUUGGAGCUACACCAGGUGGAGAGGGAGAUCGGGAAGAGAACCCGGGAGCUGAGCAUGGAGAGCCAGUCUUCCCUGGAAGUGAAAAGCAAACUGGGUGCCAGUAAGCAAACAGAAAACGGACAGCAAAGCAAGGUGCCAGCUGAAGACCUUGCACUUACAUUCAGCAGUGACGUUCCCAACGGAUCAGGCCCAACCCCAGAAAGCAUGGGCCUCCUCUCAAACAAAACCGCAGCUCUGAGCUUGUCAGAGGACACCGACGGGGGAGGAGGUGAGCAGGACACCCAGAGGGCAGGGUCAACAUCCGCAUCUGCUCCCUGAAGGAACGAAAAGCAUCCCUCCACUUCUGUCGGGGGCCACCUCCCCCCCCCCCGGCAGGAUGAUGGGAGACAGCGAGAACAACAACAGCAGCAGGUCCAGAGAUAAUGUGCACAACACCACUACUAGAAACGAACCCUGCACAUAGUUCACAUUAACACAUUUUUUAAUUAAAAAAAUGAAAAUUAGCAGUAUCUGCAAGCAACUCAGAUUAAAUUUGUUUUUGUUCUGUGAAUGAACUUUAUUUUAAUAACUUUGGAUGCCUUGAAUGCCAGGGCUAUAAAAGAAACAGAUAUUAUAUAUAUAUAUAUACACACUCUGUUUGAUUAAUUGUAUGAUCUUAAUGAGGUAGGUUUUCUCUUUUAUUUUGGUAUUAUUACAUACCCAGUGUAUAAUUCCUUUUAGGCCUCUUUACUCCUCCCUUUGCAACAAGCUCACUGUGUUUGCAUGAGUUUGAAAGGAAAAAAGGGGGGGAGAUGUGAGAUGGAGGAGGAAGCUCGGUUGAAAAAUGUGUAGCGGAGUUGAUCGGAAAGUAGCUCUCCUUGAAGAUGAUGCCCGUUCCUUGAUAUUUAUUCAUCAUCUUUUCCUAAACAUUCAUAGCUUUUAAGCUACAGUUUUGAUGUAGUUUUAUCACUUGGCAAAUAGCAGAGCUCCAUACAAACCUUGAAAGAGUAAAAAUUGGGGUGUAUAUGGAAGGAGUCCCUAUUUUUGAAGGGAGCAAAGGUGUCUGGGCUCCUGGGUCAAUAUAAAUUGGCUAAUGUUUCCUUUUGCCUUUGAGGAAGCAUUCUACAAGUGAAUUCAGUGGCUUUCUAUGCAGUAGGGAUGCAGAGGUAAUGCGAAGACAGGGAUCAAAGGUCUCGGUUUUUUCCUGUCUUGUCCAAAGCAAAACCUUUGUAUUUUUAUGUCUUUUCAAUGGAGGGAUGUACAAUAACCAGAUGUCGGGCGAGGGAGGGCUUGUAUAUCUGCCCCCAGGGAGGACCUACAGAAAGUUCUAUUUUGGAUGAGACAGAAAAACAGAUAGGAAUCUCUGCUACCUUUUACUUCUGUUCCCUCUGCAUUUUUCACUCCAUCCAAAGCUGCUCUUAGAUCCCCUUUAUUCAGUGGCCUUUCUUUGGCAAUUGACAAAAAACUUGACAAUUGAAGCUUCCUUCCUUGUAAAGGAAAAAAAACACACACACGUCUGGGAAAAUAUCUUUUCUACAGCUUUAUUUCUAGCAAAUCUGUCUUGGGAAGAAGUCUCUUCAGAAUCUGUAUGGGAUGAAACGUGUCCCAUUUCUAUUAAUAGCACUUCAUGUAAGCCUGGCUGUAAAAACCCCUCCCUGCAAGGCAUGGGCGGGGGUGGCUCAUCCUGCACAUAUUUUUCACAUCCUCUCUCUUCCUCACCUCUACCACUUUUACACGGACCCUGAGAUGGACCCUGAGAGAGAGAGAAAAAAAAUCCCGGCAAAAGCUUACGCGCAUCUCUUAGGCCAGCUUCUCCCCUAUGAAAUUACGACUACUAAAUCUCAGAAAGCACUGGCUAUGUAAUAAGUGGCAGCAUUGCUUUGGUUGGGUAAAAGCAGAAGUUUAUUCAUCUUGUUUUAGGGUUGUUGUGGUUGUUGUUUCCCCCCCUCUUCUCAUAACACCUUGUCAAGGACAUGGUAACCUUCAGCUAAUCUUUUCAUCUGUCUGCUUGUUAAAUAAAAUAUAAUGGGGUGGGGUGGGGUGGGGAAUACAGCCCCCUGGUUGCCUACCAGUAGGAGAGUCCGAGCAGAAGACUCUUUUGAGUAGUGAUUAUUUAAUUUGCCCAGUCAAGGCACCGCAUUUAUAUACUGUUUCACAUUGAAUUUGAUUAUGCCCUAUUGACCUGGCUGGCCAAAAAUUUGAUACACGUAUUGGCUUGGGAUUCGAGCUUUCUUUCUUUUUUAUUUAAAUAAAAAAAAUUAUAUGUAUGUAUGUAUAUAUACAUAUAUAUGUAGUUAUAUCUGUAUAUAUAUUGGAUAUGUUUUAAGAAUUUUUUUUUCACAUGAGUGCAGCUGUUGUCAAUACAUCCGGGAGGUAGAGGCACUGCAAGAAUACAGGCAUUUUUAAC